AAUUGAAGUGAGGAAAUGGAGGGACAGUUUGCUAGUUGGCGGUGCCGUCCUUGGGGACAGAAAUAGCUAUUGAUGGAGGCCGUAUCCAUGUAUGGCCCAGCUACCAUUCAAUUCCAUUUCCUCUUCGAUAGAAGUACAGACAGAUCGAGAAGAGACAGCACGAAAGAGCAAGAAAGAAGGAAAGAGAGAGAAGAUGGGCUUCUUCUUCUUCUUCGCCGAAAGUUUCAUACUUUCACCAACGAUCCUAUGCCUCCUUCUGUUCAUUUCACCAUCUUUAGCGUCAGAAACCAACCCUACAACCCCCAAGAGCUCAGCCUAUGAAGUUCUUGAGGACUACAACUUCCCUAUUGGCAUCCUCCCCAAAGGUGUGCGAGGCUAUAAUCUUGAUCCCUCCACGGGAAAAUUUUCUGCCUACUUGGGCGGUAGCUGCAGCUUCUCGCUCGAAGGCUCGUACCAGUUGAAGUACAAAUCCACUAUCAGAGGUCAUAUUUCGCAAGGCAAGCUCUCGAGCUUGGAGGGCGUUAGUGUGAAGCUCUUCUUCUUCUGGGUUGACAUUGUUGAGGUACAGAGGAAAGGGGAUAGUCUCGGAUUCUCGGUCGGGAUAGCUGGUGCGGAUUUUCCUAUUGAUAACUUUGAGGAGUGCCCUCAGUGUGGUUGCGGAUUGAAUUGCAAUGAUGGGCAACUAGAGGAGGUCAGAUCAAGCCCGGUUGUUUCUUCUUAUGCCAAAUGAAAUAAUUGCUUGCGGUCAGCCGAGAGAGAAAAAGAGCCAUGACAUUUAAAAUGCAGCUCGAUUGGAUCUGCAACUGCAUAGUCGUGCCGUUUUUUUCUUUCUAUGCUUUUAGAGAUGUGAAUGAAAAUCUACUGGGCUUGCUUCUAAUGGUUGAGCAAAUACAUAAAA